AUGGGUAAUGUAUGUGAACCAAGAGAAGAACUUGAGUGGAAUGAUAGAACUAUUUAACUUCAAAGACGUCUUGAACCAAGAAUGUCAAUAUCGAGUCCUUAUUAUGCAAAACUGAAACAAAUAGAAUCUACAUAACAUUGUUUGUCUCAAUCAGCUCAAGAAAAACAAAUUCUCAAUCUAGUAGAUAUUCGUUAAUAAAUUGUGUAAGAAAUGCUGAAUCAUGUGGUUACAUGUGGUCAUUAAGAAUUAGUCUCAGCAUAAAUAAUGACUGAAACUCACAACUUUUCAUCCUUUAAUUGGAUAAAUGAUUCAAAUAGUCAUUAUGAAAGUUGGAAUCCCCAAGAUUGUCACACACUCUAGGAAACUACUUGUGAAAGAGGAAUCCAUUUGAAUGAGUGCAUGCGUUUAUGUUGUCUAAAUUUGGAAGCAUUUAAAUAUACAGAAUAAGGUAGUGAUUAUAUUUAUGUUGCUUUUAUUAUGAAAUAUUGA